AUGGAAAAAUCACAGCGCUAUUUUGGUAUCCUCGACUCGACCGGCUGGCAAUCUGCGGCCGCUACACCAUCUGGGGUCUCACAGAACACAAUGCAUACCGGACCGGCUUGGGCAUGGGGCGCGGGCUCCCUUUCUGCUAAUUUGCCGAAACAGCGGAGUCAUAAACGACGUAGAAUAGGCGAGGAGGAGAGGAGGAAAGCUGGGCAGGGAAGGUUUCUCCGGUGUUUCAAUCAUUAUUCCCGCAAAUCUCCUGGUCAAUCGAGCAAUGCUCCCGAGUAUGGCAGUUCAAUGUUUGGAUAG